AGACGGGCCUGAGUGCAACUGGCUGUGGCCGGCCUACAGAGAGAUGGAGAUGUUCAAAGCAGGACACGACAUCGGAUGCAAGAAGAUUAUUGUAAGCCACAGAUAUAACACCGUUAAGCCCCUGGACCCUGGGCACGUUGAGCAAGCCAUGAAGCACUUUCAGAGGAAGGUCCCCAACCUCCGGGCCUUCUUCAAGGAACGUGACGGGAAGCUGUGGGUUUGUGAGGACCCGAAUCCUGACCUCGAUUUUAAGUAUCUGGAAGGAGUCGAGACCAAUGCCAUUAUAAAUGAAGAGAUAAACAAGCCUUUUUUUAGCGAUCGCACGCCCAUUUGGAAAGUGAGGCUCAUCCCCGUGCCCGCCGACGCCUACUGCCCCAUGCCCGAAAUAAAGGCAGCUUUCCCCUACCAGUAUGACCUCGGCAUGAUGACCCACCACUCAUUCAUGGACGGGGCCGGCUUAUCCAUGGUCACCGGUAAACUUGUAGAACUGUUGAACGAUGUUAUAGCCGGGAGACCCGUAAACGACGAGCCCUUUGGGGUCUACGUGAACAACGAGGAAAUUGUCAAGAUCGAUGAACAGAUUGCGAAGGACCUCGAGAAGGAACCCGAGAAGCUGGAGUUAGCAAAGCAAGAGAUUCUGGCAUGUGACAGUCCGCCCCUCCUGCUGAAGGCUUUCCCGCCUCCUGGAGGAACACCGGCAACCAGUUUUGUUCAACAGAUUAUCAAGCAGAAAGACUUAGCUCCCUUCAUGUCAAAGUGCAAAGCCAACGGCGUGACGUUCAACAGCGGACUGGAGGCUGUGAUUAAUACCGUCACUGUUGAGAUGGUGAGGGAGGCGGGAGUGGAGGGGGAGUCUCACCACAUGAGCAUCAAUCUAGCGACGAAUCUGAGACGCUACAUGAAGCGCCGUUCUCUCCCGAUCCUUGGCUUGCACGUGCGACCCACUGUGCACAGGAUGGAGACGCCUUUCGACGUCAGGGACAACUUCUGGGACUACACCAGGAAGCUCCACCAGAGGCUCUCGGUUCUCCUGAAGUCCGGCGAGGCCCUUCAGCAGAACGUGGUGAGGGAGAUGACCCUGCCGCAGCUCUCCCCGGUGGAGCACCACGCAGCAGGGCCCAAACCUCUGCGUGACUACGGCGUCACGAACGUCGGGGAUCUCACGGCUAUCAUUCCAGGCGUCGGGGAGCACCUCCAGCAGACAAACGUCUUCAUGUUCAACUGCACGCACUACUCUGGCUUCCCGAUGCUUCACCAGAUCUACACCUUUAGAGGACAUAUGCCCUACACAAUUGGCUACGACACGUCCUACUUGGCAAAGGAGACUGUUGAAGCACUCAUGGACAGGAUUUUGACCCUUAUGCACGAACUUGGGGCAUCGCCCUAGAAUGCUAAAAUAAGACAGGGUUCAGAAGCAGAGACCAGACUGGAAUCCUCAUGUGUAUAACAUCUUUCCUCCACUUUUUUCCUAGAUAAUGGUUCUUGAUUACUGUAAGAACACGACAAAAUUACUUUCAUAUAUUUAGAUGCUAUGCUGUAACAAAAAUUAUGAACAAAAGAUAAAUUUUAAAAAAUGUCAACACUCUAGAGAAACUAUUUAAAAGGAUAAUCUUUACUUGUCAGAACAUGAAUAGGUGUUUCAAACUGCGAGUUUUGAAUGAAAAUAACAAAGGUGACAUUUCGUUAUUAUGGCCAUUCAGGUCAUAAGUAGUCAGUACUUAUCCUCUAAGAGGUUUAUAAAGCUAUUUAUAUAUCCCAGUUCAUACUUUUGGUCGGCACGGAUGUGGUCACAACUAUAAUACCUUCUAUUGGCGACAAAGUAACUUAUCACAAGAAUUUAAUUGAGAUCACUUAUUUUCAUUUGCCAUGUUGGGGGUUUGUUUACUAUUGUGACGUCAUGAAACUAUAGCAAAGCUUCCUCUGGAGGCAAUUUAAAAUGGUCUGGGUUCGAAACCCAUUCAAGGUAUCUGACCAAGAAGUUCCAUCGAGAACCAAAAUGAACAAGAAAUUUCAAAGUUCUUCAAGAAAUCAUGUUCCUUUAGAGUCUCGGCUAGGUUUAUGUGAAUCAUUAAUCAUAGUCUCAUUUCCUGAUAGGUCAAUAUAAAUCUUUCAAAUCAAAUUAUAUAACUUCAUAGGAAUUUAUCUGAUUGUGGUCUACUUGCGUCUGGUAGUUCAUAAUAAUUACUUUGUAUUAUCUGUACCCACCAGUAGGGUUUGACAAAAUUACAAAACAUAUUUGUAUGACUUCGGUACUACGAAAUACCGA